GAGACCUGAGUGUUCGCGCAAGAUGGCGGUCAGUCAGCGGAAUAUACGUUGUUUUUUUUAACUGAAGGAAUUAUUGGAUUUCCUCUCCCAAAUCAGUCACAAAACAACAUUGAUUAAAACGUUGCUCGGAACUACACAAUUUCAUGUGUACAACAUCUAAAGACCCGCAUCACUAUCCUGGGAGCUUUGCCGUUUCUAAAAGGACGUAUUUCGUUUUUUUUGAAGCCUUAAUUAGAUUUUUCGCCCCCAUACUGCUAAACAAGGAUGAGGGCGCGAUUUGCUGGUUGUGUCUGAGGCCGGUAACAUCAACAGUGAGGACAAACCCAGCCUGCCUCUCUCCUUCCACACUGAGUCCAAACCUACAGUCACUGGGUCCUGAUUGUGACAGUGGAGUCCAGUUUGCACUGCAGGAUCCAGAGAUGGCAUUAGUGAAGCUGGAAGACUGCAGUCAAACACUGGAGCUGAAUGUCAACAUUAAAGAUGAAGAAGAGGAGGAGAAGAUUGGGACAUCUGUUAAUCAUGGAGACCAUGUUGAGACAUUCUCUACAUCCAGAGAGCAACAGCAGGAAGAUCACAGAGCUAACAGGUCUCACCACUGCCCACAUUGUGAGGAGAUUUUCCCAAUUCUAUCAAAGCUAGAAAUGCACCUAAAAAUACACACAGUAGAGAGUCUGUAUUCCUGUUCCGACUGUGGAAAAAGCUUCAAAACAUCAAGGUCUCUGACAGUUCAUCAGAGAACACACACAGGAAAGACGCCUUACUCUUGCUCGGAAUGUGGAAAAAGUUUCUCUCAACAGAGCAAUUUAAAAACACACCAACGUAUACAUAAAGGAGAGAAGCCUUACUCCUGCUCUGACUGUGGGGUCAGUUUCUCCGGAUUGGAUACCUUAAAAACACACAAACGUACACAUACAGGAGAGAAGCCAUAUUCCUGCUCUGACUGUGGGAAGACAUUUUCUCAACUGGUCCAUUUAAAUGCACACCGGCGUAUACAUACAGGAGAGAAGCCUUACUUCUGCUCUGACUGUGGAAAGAGUUUCUCUCAACAGAGCAGUUUAAAAUCACACCAGCGUACACAUACAGGAGAGAAGCCGUACUCCUGCUCUGACUGUGGGAAGUGCUUCACAACAUCAUCUGCAAUAAACGUUCAUCAGAGAACACACACAGGAGAGAAGCCUUACUCCUGCUCUGACUGUGGAAGGAGUUUUUCCCGGUUGAAUACCUUAAACUGUCACCAGCUAAUACAUACAGGACAGAAGCCUUACUUCUGCUCUGACUGUGGGAAGAAUUUCUCUCUACAGAGCAGCUUAAAAUCACACCAACCUAUACAUACAGGAGAGAAGCCUUACUCCUGCUCUGACUGUGGAAAGUGUUUCUCUCGACAGGGCAGCUUAAAAUCACACCAACGGAUACACACAAUAGAGAAGCCUUUUUCAGAAUAAAAACGUACAUUUUGGGUGGAUUGACAAUGGACCCCUGCUUAAAGUAUCCUCCUUUUUAAACAAAGUCUUACAGAGUUGGCUACAAUGUCAUCCUCCAGACAAGGCAGAUCUAAUAUUACAGCAAAUAAUAUGGCUCGGCUCCAAUGUACUGAGAGAUAAAACAAAAAAACUUUUAUUGGAAAAAAAAUGUGUAUAAUAUCUAUGAAGGUCAUACAUUUUCAACAUUUUCAGACAAGAUAGAAAGGCCAAAGAGGGCGGUGUUGCAAUCAACUGCAGAGUUCUGUCCUACUAUCCAGGUCUAUACCCAAACGAUUUGAACUUCUACUUUUAAAAAUCCAGCUCUCUAAAAACAAGUCUCUCACCGUUGCUGCCUGCUACAGACUUAAAAAUCAUACAUUGUGAUUUUCUGGAUUUUUGUUUUAGAUUCCGUCUCUCACAGUUGAAGUGUACCUAUGAUAAAAAUUACAGACCUCUGCAUGCUUUGUAAGUAGGAAACACUGUCGAUUUUGCAGGUUAUUAAAUACUUGUUCUCCCCACUGUAUAUCUCUCUGGUUACCCACAAAACCAAUUCUUUCUUUGGCCGCCUCCUUACAGUUCUCUGCUGCCAAUGACUGGAACAAACUACAAAAAUCUCAAACUGGAAACACUUAUCCCCCUCACUAGCUUUAAGCACCAACUGUCAGAGCAGCUCACAGAUUACUGCACCUGUACAUAGCCCAUGUAUAAUUUAGCCCAAACUACCUCUUUCCCUACUGUAUUUAUUUAUUUUGCUCCUUUGCACCCCAUUAUUUCUCUCUACUUUGCACAUUCUUCCACUGCAAAUCAACCAUUCAAGUGUUUUACUUGCUAUAUUGUAUUUACUUCGACACCAUGGCCUUUAUUGCCUUUACCUCCCUUAUCUCACCUCAUUUGCUCACAUCGCAUUUGGAAUUGUUUCUACUGUAUUAUUGACUGUAUGUUUGUUUUACUCCAUGUGUAACUCUGUAUUGCUGUUUGUGUCGAACUGCUUUGCUUUAUCUUGGCCAGGUCGCAGUUGUAAAUGAGAACUUGUUCUCAACUUGCCUACCUGGUUAAAUAAAGGUGAAAUAAAAUAACAAAGGACAUUGUAAACAAGAAAGGUCACAUGAUGUCACACAACUAACAGUGUAUGGAGGUGUGUACUCAAUACAAGAUUAUAACCAACUCACCGUGGCUCUGCCACAAAAUUGGAAGAGGCAAUUAAGAAAUUAAACACUGUCUAGUUUUCUCCCAUUAAAAAUCAGAAAUGGCUUGAAAUUAUUAGUAUAAAUUGAAAAAUGUAUCAGUUUCACUUAGUCAAAAGGUAAUUUGGUAAUUUGGGAACAGGUUUUUGAUGUCCCAAUACCUUGGCAUCAGUCUCAUUCACUUCGGUAUAAGCUAUUAUACAAAAUACUUGUUACAGAAAGACUGGUCAAUAUAUGGGGCAUAGAACAGUCAGCACAGUGCAGACUCUGCCAGGGUAGGGGUGGUAGGGUAGUACACUCCAACCAGGGGAGGGGUGGUAGGGUAGUACACUCCAAUCAAGGUAGGGGGAAAUAGAAUAGAGAAAAUAAAUGAGAAAUUAUGGAAACAAUUACAUGUAUAGAUUGUAGGUUCUAUCUGCAAUAUUAAAGCUAAUGUACCAGCUCAGGUUAAAAAAGUCACUCCAUCACUUAAUUCUCAUCAGUGUGCACCAUGUGGUGCGUUGGGCUGACCGCACCACCCUAUGGAGAGCCCUGCGGUUGCGGAUGGUGCAGUUGCUGUACCAGGCGGUGAUGCACCCCGACAGGAUGCUCUCAAUGGUGCAUCUGUAGAAGUUUGGGAGGGUCUUAGGGGCCAAGACAAAUUUCUUCAGCCUCCUGUUGCUCCUUCUUCACCACAUCUGUGUGAAAGGACCAUUUCAGGUUGUCAGUGAUGUGCACGCUGAGUAACUUGAAGCUUUUGACCCUCUCCGCUGUGGCCUGUGGAUGGGGGUGUGCUCCCUCUGCUAUCUCCAAAGUCCAGAUCUUUUUGUUUUUCUUAUUGAGAAAGAGGCUAUUUUCCUUGCAAACACUCCGCCAGGGCCCUCACCUCUUCCCUGUAGGCCUUCUUGUCUUUGUUGGUAAACUGAUCCACAUGGCUCUGUGGGAGCAGUAUGCAGAUUGUAGUGCGUCUAGGUUGUCGGGUAAGGUGGAGGUGAAUAUGAUCUUUAACUAGCCUCUCAAAUCACUUCAUGAUAACAGAAGUUAGACCUUAGCUUUCUUGGGUACAGGAAGAAUGGUGGACAUCUUCAAGCAAGUGGGUACAACAGACCUGGGAUGUGGAGAGCUUGAUUACGUCCAUAAACACUCCAGCCAGCAUGCUCUGAGGAUGCAGCUAGGGAUGCCUUCUGGACCGGCAGGCUUACAAGGGCCAUGGAGGAUGAGAGCUCACAGUCCUAUGCACCUAUGCAACCUCUUGCUAGCUUCUUAGCAUAUCAAAUGACUAGCUAAACAUUAAGAUUUCGGGUGUGUGUUCCUAAAUUCAAUCCGGAGUGCCAGAGUGCGCUUGGGCGUUCGUAAAUUCAGAGCAUUGUCAGUUCGUAUCGCACUCGGAGCGUUCAGAGCCACACUGGAUGCUGUGGCUGAGGAGUAGAGUAGAUCCGAGCGUUCAACGGCAGUCAAGCGCCCAAGCUAACUGGCUAACGUUAGCUAGCUACUUCCAGACACAAAUGAGAGAACACCUCAUUGACCAUUUUACUUGCCAUAGCAGAACUGGUUAGACUGUUUUCAUGUAAAUCCAGAGCGUUGGUGACUACUGACAAUUUAUUAGACUUUCUUUCGCCAACGUUUACUGACACCAGCUAUAUUCAACGGGUGUUGAGCGUUCGUAAAUUCAUCAGUCAUUCUGCGCAAGAGUGUUCUGAAAUCGGAGUAGAUAGCCAGAAUUAACUAUGUCAAUUGAAACGCACAACGACUACAGUAUAGAAUAAUGUGAAUAAUCAAGUCAAUAAAUGUUGGUUAGUUAGAUACCAGAUAGUUAAUAUACUGCCUGGCAAGUUCCAUGUAACGUUAUGAGUAUCCAACUAGCGUUAGCUAACAUACCAGUACACCUUGCUGUAAUGCGAUGCAGUUCCUAAGGAUAGCGUAGCUAACAUACCAGUACAUACUGCUGUAAUGCUAUGCAGUUCCUAAGGAUAGCGUAGCUAACAAAUUGUCAGCCAACAUAACGUGUAACGUAACUUAUUUGAAAAGUCAUUACUUAAUUACAUUGCUCAACAUUUUCUUAACAUUUGUCAUAAUUAGUUAAAUUAAUUCAUUUGUAUUCUCUCUCAUUGGACUUCGGCUGCAUAUUUUCCCACAUUUUCUUGAAAUCUGAACACGUUGUGAAGCCAUGCCCCUUUUUUUUGAAGAAUUGCAUUAUGGGCCCUAAAAGUACAGAAAUAGUGUCCUCUGUGUGUAUACUUCGUAUUUUGGCGAAUUGCAUGCUAACCAUAUCCAUACUAUGACCAAUAAGCAUACUAUAUACUCUAUUCACGUCACAAAUAGUACAGUCAGUGCGGUUAGUAUGAGUAUUCAAACACAGGCCUGUUGUUUUUAAAAUGAGAAGCCUCACAGAGGGUAUUCAACACUACAGGAAAAGUCGAGGUCAUCUCAAUAUGUUUACAGUAGAAUCUAACAAAGCACACCAAAACUAAAGGAGCACACUAAUCAGUAAAGUAAAGAGGCUAACAUUCUAUAACUCUUCCUUUCCACUGGACAGUUCUCUCACAGUGAGAAACAAUAAGAUUACAAUAGUGUUCUACGCUUUCUUAAUUCAACGUUACCAUUUCCUUUAUGAGAUGAAAAUUAAGUGAUGGAGUGACUUUAAUCAUAGCUGGUCUGAGAGAACUGAUGUGGCUUUUCUCCUUAAUGUAUACGUUGAUGUGUUUUUAAGUUGCUCUGGUGAGAAAAACUCUUUCCACAGCCAGAGCAGGAAUAAGGCUUCUCUCCUGUAUGUAUGCGUUCAUGUGUUUUUAAGGUAUCCAAUCGGGAGAAACACUCUCCACAGUCAGAGCAGUCGUAAGGCUUCUCUCAAAUCCAAUCAAAUUGAUUUAUAUAGCCCUUCUUACCUCAGCUGAUAUCUCAAAGUGCUGUACAGAAACCCAGCCUAAAACCCCAAACAGCAAGCAAUGCAGGUGUAGAAGCACCUCUCCUGUAUGUAUUCGUUGGUGUAGUUUUAAGCUGCUCUUUUGCGAGAAACUCUCCCCACAGUCAGAGUAGUAGUAAGGCUUCUCUCCUGUAUGCAUACGUUCAUGAGAUUUUAAGGUAUCCAAUCCGGGAGAAACUCUU